CUACAGGCAACACAGACCCAGAUACCCCUCCCAAAACGCAGACGGAUUCUUCUGUAAUUGUAAUUGAUUUCAUUUCUGUUCAUCAACCUAUUGAAAAAUUGUAUGACGGAUAUGAGCCCAGAAUCACACCCCACCAGGACCGCAUUUGGACUAACCGACUAUGGGGUGUUUGCAGUGAUGCUCCUAGUCUCCAUGGCGAUUGGACUGUUCCAAGGCCUGCGGAGGGCGGGAGGGAAGGAAGAGCGAGCCGAGGAUUUCUUCACGGGGGGUCGUCAGAUGACCGCCUUGCCCGUCGGCCUCUCCCUCUCUGCCAGCUUCAUGUCAGCCGUUCAGGUACUGGGGGUCCCUGCUGAGGCUUACCGCUAUGGGCUGAAGUUCCUGUACAUGUGUCUUGGGCAGAGCCUCAACACAUUGAUCACAGCAUACCUCUUCCUGCCUGUCUUCUAUCGGCUAGGCAUCACCAGCACCAACCAGUAUCUGAAGAUGAGAUUUAGCAGGAGCUUGCAGCUGCUUGCGACCAUCCAGUUUAUCACAGCCACGCUGCUGUACACAGGAAUUGUGAUCUACGCACCCGCCCUGAUCCUGAACCAAGUAACUGGACUGGAUAUCUGGGCCUCUCUGUUUUCAACAGGACUCAUCUGCACCUUCUACACCACCCUGGGUGGGAUGAAGGCAGUAAUCUGGACAGAUGUUUUCCAGGUGGUCGUCAUGCUCUCGGGCUUCCUGUCUAUUGUUAUCCGGGGGACCGUUUUGGUGGGCGGACCGUCCGCGGUGCUGGAGAUCGCCAGCAACGGGUCCCGCAUCAACCUCGGAGAUUUUAGCUUUGACCUGCGGAGGCGCUAUACUUUCUGGACGUUUGUGUUCGGAGGCACGAUGGUCUGGCUGUCCAUGUACGGAGUAAACCAGUCACAGGUGCAACGCUACAUCGCCUGCAAGACUGAGAAAGAGGCACGGAGGGCUCUGCUUGUGAACCAGGUCGGGCUGUGUCUCAUAGUCAGCAGUGCUGUCACCUGCGGCAUUGUGAUGUUCGCUCUCUACAGGAAGUGUGAUCCUCUGAAGGCGGGGCUAAUCUCCGCUGCCGACCAGUACAUGCCCUUUCUGGUGCUGGAUAUCUUUGCAGACUACCCCGGUGUCCCUGGUCUUUUCCUAGCUUGUGCCUACAGUGGGACUCUCAGCACAGCCUCAACCAGCAUCAACGCCAUGGCAGCCGUUACCAUGGAGGACAUUCUCAAACCACGCCUCCACAACGUGUCACAGAAGAGGCUUGUGCUCAUCUCCAAAGGGCUGUCCCUGUUCUAUGGUGUAGCCUGUAUCACAGUCGCUGCUCUUACUUCCCUGGUGGGUGGAGGAGUGCUGCAGGGUUCGUUCACAGUGAUGGGGAUAAUCGGGGGACCCCUGCUCGGAGCAUUUAUCCUGGGCAUGUUCAUCCCAGCCUCUAACACCCCCGGUGUGUUCGCCGCUAUAGUGGUCGGGUUCGGUAUUUCGCUCUGGAUCGGGAUUGGGGCGAGUCUGUACCCUCCUGACCCACAGGUGAUGGGGGUGCUGCCCAGCUCAGCAGACCACUGCCCCCUGCUGGUGAUGGGCAACACCACACUUAAUGGCAGCAUGAUUGUGGAGACCCCUUCCUCACUGGCGGGAGAGAGGCCCUCCAUUGCGGAUAACUUCUACUCCAUGUCAUUCCUGUACUACGGAGCUCUAGGGACCGUCUCAGCGCUGCUGGUGGGAGUGGCUGUCAGCUAUAUCACAGGACCCACCCAGAGGAAAGCAAUCGCACCGGGGCUUUUGUGGUGGGAUCUCCAUCCUGUGAAACCCCAGGGAUCCAGCUCCUCAUCUCCUACUGAGCCUCAGAGCCCUCCCCUCACCCCCUCACUGCCCAUGCGCUGGCUGAGAGGAACCCAGGACAGACCGGAGACAUCGCCAGAGGACAAGACUCAAAACAGACACUUGCCGUUGCUUCAGGAGAGCAAAGUCUAGAUUGAACUGGGACCGUCCACAGAAGAUGGGAUGAGGGAGAAGGAAUAACAGUGAGCACAUGCAAACGCUAUGCAUCUAUACUUCUAACGGGACGUUUGCAUUCACAGUUCCAGCAGUGUUCAGGGUUCAUGCCAAGUUGAAAUAGAUGAGAAACUAAAGGAUUUUACAAGAGCUGAACUAUCAGAGUCUGUAAAGGUGGUGGGUACUAAAGUAAGUUAACAUGUAAUUCUUCCCAUUUGUAAAGUUUCUUUUUUCUUAGCUAAAUGCUUGAAAUAUUUUCCAAAAUAUAAGUGUUUCCCUUUGAACCAAUGGUGCCUCAUUACUUUGUUGAAUAACGACAUUAAAAAAAAGAACAGAAAAUAUUAGCAUGGGGUCAGAGAUUUGAGCACACUGGGCACUAAAGAGUCAAUGAUAUUCUCAUCUAGAAGCUAAACGUCUGUGCAGGUAUCAGGACAUGGUGGGAAUGCUAUACAAAAAAAGAAAACACACACCUGCAUGUUUGAAAUAGCUUUCAGUGUCCUUCACCCAGUACAGGCUGGCAGUAGAGAUUACAUACAAAAAACAUCUUCAUCCCAGCCGCACACGUGUCCUUUCUGAGGUUUUGCUUUGAAAAGCCACUCACCCGUGUUAUUAAAAAUUGCUCUGACGGUAUAAACAAUGGGAGCUUUUCAGAGCUUCACUGCACCUGGAGGAGUUCUGGUACUAAUCAUGAAUGGCAAGAGGCUCCAGGGCAGGGGCAGGCUGGCAGUGUGCUGGGAGUCGUGUCUAGGCAGAGGGGCGCUGAUAUCUGAGAUUAAGGCUGCAGAGAAGGACGUCUCUAUGUUCUGCUGCUCAGAUCAACUGUAUGAUCUUUCUUUUCUUGUGUUGCAUCACUCAGUUAUUAAACUCCAGACCCUCCUGUCAUUCCCAAAUCACAUCUGCCCUGGAACUCUCUGUUCUCGAUUCCUUGGCAGCGGUACAGAGAAAAAGCUGACUGGGAGAUACUGGUGAAAUGAAACACAAAGUGAAUCUAAACAGGAAUAAGAAUACAUUAACUGACUGCGAUAUCUCAGAGUUACAUAAAGCUGCCAUUUAAAACCACUGAAAAAAUCUGAUCGUAAUGUAUACACACAUUGUCCAACCUUAUAGAAUAGCUUGUU